AAUGUUUUCCGCUCCUGAAAGGCCUCCCCGAACUCUUAGUUACGUGGAAAAAGCUUUUGAGCUGAUCAAAGAGCGAAAAAAUGUUCGGGAUAUAGUCAUUCUUAACGACGCGGGUAAUCCUGUAAAGAGUACCAUGGAUCGGGACGACGCUGUACAGUUUUCUGGACUUUUUCAAUCCAUUCGUGGAAGACUCGAGCGAGGAAUGGCCAAAAUAGACCCCACUGAUGAAUUGUUAAUGCUGAGGGUAAGGACUAAGACAAACGAAGUCCUUUUGGUGCCUGACUCGAAAAUAACGGUACUGGUUCUUCAGGAUGCUCAGGAUAAUUUUGAAAAAUAA